GUGGUGAUUAUUAGUGAGAACUCAAACCUAAAUCCCCUCAGGCGACUGCCCCAUGACAUCACAUGGUAUGCGAAUUACUUUUCAAAGCGUCGUUUGAGAGGCAAGAACUUUCUAAAUAGGAAGUGCGAUCAUCGCUUUCUUUAUUUUGGUCCACGUUGAAAGUUUCAGGGCUAAUAUCUUAAUCUUUUGGAUGUAAAAAGGAACCUGGGAACAAAACAGACCAUUUACUGAGAUAUGAAAACUCCUAGACAGACCAUUUACUGAGAUAUGAAAACUCCUAGACAGACCAUUUACUGAGAUAUGAAAACUCCUAGACAGACCAUUUACUGAGAUAUGAAAACUCCUAGACAGACCAUUUACUGAGAUAUGAAAACUCCUAGACAGACCAUUUACUGAGAUAUGAAAACUCCUAGACAGACCAUUUACUGAGAUAUGAAAACUCCUAGACAGACCAUUUACUGAGAUAUGAAAACUCCUAGACAGACCAUUUACUGAGAUAUGAAAACUCUUAGACAGACCAUUACUGAGAUAUGAAAACUCUUAGACAGUCUCUGUGGCCUCAUCACUACUGACUUGUGGUGCCUGGUCUCAUCGCUCACCAUGACCCAAACCGGCCAGGCCGAGGAGUGAGACAGCCAUGUCUGAUUCUACCUUGUUCAGAGCCACCAGAAUACUCUGCAGAAGUAUAUCUAGUGACAUGGAGGAGUCUGAGGCCAAGGGCAGAGGAGGAGCUGUCCCCAUGAGGAAGAGUUCAGACAGGAGGGGUUCUGACUGGGGAAGCAUCGCCAUGCUGGAUAAGACCAAGGAAUUCUUCCAGACCUGCGAUGUGGAGGGCAAAGGCUUCAUCACACGCACCGAUAUGAGGAGGCUUCACAGAGAACUACCCCUCACUGCUGAAGAACUGGAUAAUGUCUUUGACUCCCUGAACACUGACCAGAACGGCUACCUCACCCUCGAAGUGUUCUCAUCAGGAUUCAGUCAGUUCCUGCACAGCCGGAGGAUCUCUGUAGCCGAGGACGCAGCACCCGCCCUCCCCACUUCUAGGAAGCCCUCAGAAGCCCUGUACCAGAGCCAAUGGGAUGAGAGGUUGACUGGAGGGUGGGAGGAUGAGGAGGAGAGUCACUUCUGUAUGCUGCUGGAGAGCCUAGGGGCCAGCAACGUGUUCCAGGAUCCAGGCGAGGUGCGCAGCUUGUGGGCCCAGCUGAGGAGGGACGAGCCUCACCUCCUGUCAAACUUUGAGGAAUUCCUGGCCAGAGUCACCUUCCAGAUCAAAGAGGCCAAAGAGGAGAGGAGGGAGAUGGAGAGCGCCCUCCAGAGGUUGGAGACCACAAGUACCUCCUCUCUUUGUUGUCACUGCUACUCCCUGGGCCAGUUUACCGGACACAGAUUAAGCCUAGUCCCAGACUACAAAGCAUUGCCAAGGGAGAAUCUCUUUUGAAAGUGCUUUUUAGUCCAGGACAAAACUUGAUCUGUGUCUGAGAAACUGUCCCUUUGGCAUUUAGGUAUGAUUAUGUGAUCAUUAUGUGUGAUAUCUUCACUGUGACUGUUUAGUGGACUGCAACCACAGCCAUUUAAACCACAAUACUAACAGCUUGCAGCUUUGUAAAUGCAUGUCCAGUAUGUCUUCGGCUUCUCGAUUGCAGCUCAUCAGAGUGUAAUUAUUCAGUUCAAACAGCAGUCAUUGAUUCAUAGAACUGACAAUAGCUUGUUCAGUUCCAACCCAUGUGAUAGAUCUAUGGUCUAUUUUGCUAUAGAGGUCUGUUUGUGUACCAGAUUGUAGAACAAAUAACGUUUGAUUCAGGAUUCUAUCCCAUUGAAAGUCGUCCUUUUACAUGCAAGUAGUUAACAGCUUCAAAAGGUUGAUACAGGCCUUCAGUGAAUGAACACAGCGAGGUUCUAUCAAGUCAACUACUCCAGACAUAAAUUCCAUAUUACUCGUUGAACCUGUUUUUUUUUUCAUAUUUAA